CCGCCCCCAAAAUUUCAUCAAACUGCUGGAAAUUAUGCACGCACAGCACGUUUUUGCUCAGUGACCCCUUGUUCUCGCUCCCUCCAGGGGUGGUGGUGUGUCAACUGUUUUUUGGGGGUUUUUUUUGUUUGCUUUUUUUUUCUUUUUUUUUUGUUUGUUUUGUUUUGUUUUGUUUUUUGUUGUAGUUUUGUUUUGGUUUUUUGUUUGUUUUGUUUUUUUUUUUUUUUUUCCCCUGACGUUUAAUUAGAAAAAAAAUCCCUUAUGGGAAUUCCCGAGAACUGGAAACCCACCCAGCGUCUCCUUGCCAAAGCCUUAUCUAGAAUUCAAAAAACAUCAGGAGGAGCCAAAGGUCUCCCAUGUCCUAAAAUCCUCCCCCCCCCGAGAGACCCCGGCAGGACUGUGGAUCCGUGCUGCUUUGACAGGCAGAAAAUUGGCAGAUUCCACUGCAUUUACAUUGCUUUUUUUUUUUUUUUUUUUCUCGUGGUGGAGGGAGCCAGGAGGGCUGAGUGUUAAAAAGAGGGGUAGGAUGAGACAGAAACCCCAUUUCUCGGUGGCCGAGCUCGUGUCGGUGCCUCUUCUCUCCUCGUCUCGCUUUUCCCUCGGGAAAUCAGGACGCGGCCAGAUCCCGAGGUUUUUUUAUGAUUUUGGUGGGAUGAAGCCCUUCUUCACUUCCCUACUCCUGAUGUUAGGAGCUGUGAUGAACGUCCAACCAGCGCAAGAAGAAGGAUCCUUGCUCUACCCCUAUGGUCCGGACCAGGGCGACCAUAAGAACCCCAAACUCGAUGAUGGGACUUCGAAGAAGGUCUCCCUCACUGUGCCCUUCACCUUCUACAGCAAAGAGUACCAAAGCCUUUACGUGAACAACAACGGUGUGAUUUCCUUCGACACCCCAGUCCGCCAAUACACCCCCGACCCCUUCCCCCUGGCUGAUGGACGCUCCUUCGUGGCCCCGUACUGGGGGGAUGUGAACAAUGUUCUGGGAGGGGACGUCUUCUACCGAGAGACCACCGACCCGAUGCUGCUGGCACGCAUCACCAAGAGCAUCAACAAAUAUUUCCCCGAGAUUCCCUACACGGCCACAUGGGCUUUCGUGGCCACCUGGGACCACGUGGCCUACUACGGCUCUACCUCCAAUAAGGGCAACACCUUCCAAGCCAUCCUGACCACCAACACCAAGACGUCCUUCAUCAUCCUCAACUAUUGGGAUAUCCAGUGGACUACGGGGACGGCGAGCGACGGUGACCCCGAAACAGGUCUCGGAGGCACCCCAGCCCAUGCUGGCUUCAACAGCGGAGAUGACACCAACUUCUACAACAUCCCCGGGUCCCAGACCGAAGCCAUCAUCAACAUCACCAUGACCUCCAACGUCAAAGUCCCGGGGCGUUGGGUCUUCCAGGUGGAUGACUUCAAGGUGACGGGGGUCCCCACUGAGGUGCCCAAGGCCGCCAACGACUGCUGGUUCCAAAGCACCAUGGACGCCAGCCCGGGCUGGGGAAGAGCUGAUGUGCCGCUGAGGGUCUGGACCAUCGUGUUAUGGGGCCUUUUUUACUUGAUCAACGUCGCUGCGUCGGCUCCGCAGCACCUGGGGGAAGACUUUGUGGUGACCUUCAUGCAAAAUGGUUUGCAGCAGACCCUCAACAGCGACUUCAAGCUGCUCAUCACAGGUUAUUCGCCCUUCACGUCUGUAACCAUCUCCAUGAAGAAGCCAGGCUUGAGGAUGACGGUGCAGGUGACCACGGGCCAAACCAUCCUGGUGAAGAUCCCGCCCCAAGCGGAGAUGGUGGGAAGUAAAACCUUCGACAACACCGUGGUGGUGAGGGCCAACAACGCCAUCUCCUUGGUGAUGGUCAACGAGAAACCCACCUCGGUUGACUCAGCCGUGGUAUACCCAGUGCACAGCUGGGGCACGGAAUACCACGUUGUGACACCCAACGUGGGCACUGACCGCUACGGUGAGUUCGUGGUGGCCGCCUGGGAUGAGCCCACCAUGGUUGAUGUGCACCUCAAAGCCACGGUGACCUACCAAGGCCGGUCUUACCCCCGGGGCUCAGUGCUCCCCAUCAGACUGGAGCCCUUCCAAGCAGCCCAGCUCCAAAGCCCGUCUGACAUGUCUGGCACAAAGAUCGUGGCGCAGAAACCCGUCGCCGUCUUCACUGGCCACACUUGCUUGGCCAGAUUCGCCCACUGUGACCAUUUGCUGGAGCAGCUCCAGCCCGUUUCCAGCUGGGGCACCACCUUCAUCGUGCCGCCAUUGCCUUUCGAGACUCAGUCUGAUAUCAUCUACGUCUCCACCUCCCAGCCAACGCGCGUGGAGUCUCAACACGGGGUCACCAAGACUGUUCGGGAGCUACGGCCCAGCCGGUCAACGCUCUACGGCCUCCAAGCCUUAAAUACCUUGUACCUUUCUGCCAAUGCUGGCAUCCAGGUCAUUUUUUUUGCCGACGGGGGUCAUAAAGAUGCCAUCUCUUACGACCCAUUUUUUAUGACCGUCCCAGAUGUCUCCAGCUACUGUGACUCCUACAAGAUCUUUGCCCUUGACGGCUACGAUAAUUACGCCCUGCUGAUAGCCAAGACCUCGGAGACGUCUGGAAUGACGCUCAACAAAACGCCGCUGAGAAAUGUCGCGUGGAAGCCCAUCCCGGGCACCGAUUACUCGUGGGCCGGGCAGAAUUUGGGCAGUCAAUUCGCCGUCCAUACGGUGGAGCACAAGACGUCCCCCUUUGGCUUGCUCAGCGUGGGGAUCCGGGAGCAAAAAGCCUACGGGUCAGCGGCGGUUUGUGACAGCGAUCCCUGCCGGCUCGUGCAAUGCCGCGCGAAGGAGACGUGCAAGGUGGAGAAGGGGGAGGCCGCCUGCGUGCACGACUACAUGGGCACCUGCAUGGGGUCGCCGUCCCUGCAGUACCACACCUUCGACGGGAUGACGGUGGACAUCCGGGGCGGCUGCACCUACACUGUUGCCAAAUAUUGCGGCAACGAUCCCACCCUGGCGCCUUUCGUCGUGGAGGAGAAGAGCGGAGGCCGCUCCCAGGAAUGGUUGACCAACAUCUACGUGUACGCCCACAACAUCUCCAUCCACAAAGGCGAGGGAGGCAAAAUCCAGGUCAACAACAAACUCACCAGCCUCCCAGCAACCCUGGAAGCAGGGAAGAUCCAGAUCUCCCAAAACGAGGGUCGGACCAUCCUGCAAACAGAUUUUGGGCUGCAGGUGACCUAUGAUGAAGACUGGGCCAUAAUGGUGGCCGUGCCCAGCAGCUAUUUCGGGGCUACCUGUGGACUCUGCGGCAACUUCAACGAGGACACCGAGGACGAGACGACACUUUCUGAUGGCACUCAGGCUGCCAGUGUGGAGGAUUGGGCUGAGAGCUGGCGGGAUCCCUCCUGCCAGGACGAUUGCAGAGACCAGGAGACACUGCAGGACACAGCAGGCUGUGCUCAGAGAUGCCCCAAAAACAGCCACUUCGAGGCCUGUGGGACGGCGUGCCCUGCCACCUGCACCGAGCCCAAAGCCCCCGCGUCCUGCGGCGAGCCAUGCACGGCGAGCUGCCAGUGCAACGAGGGCUUCGUCCUCCACAACGACUCGUGUGUCCCGGUGGAGACCUGCAGUUGCUUCCACAAUGGUCGCUCCUACAAGGUCCGGGAGGAGUUUUGGGAGGACGGGAGCUGCCAGAGCCGGUGCCGAUGCGAGGCGGGGGGCAAGGUGGCUUGCAGGAAGGCUGGGUGCAAAGCCCAUGAGAAAUGCGUCACGGUCAGCGGCGUCCCCAGCUGCCAGGCGACCAAGUAUUUUACCUGUAUCGGGACGGGCGAUCCUCACUACACCACCUUCGACGGGUUGAGGUAUGACUUCCAAGGGACCUGCAUCUACCAGUUCGCAGCCCUCUGCACCCAGGACCCCAAACUGGUCCCCUUCACCGUCAAGGUGGAGAACAACAACCGGGGCAGCAAAGCCGUUUCCUUCACCAAAACCGUCACGUUGGAGGUCUACGGCAACGUCAUCAGCAUGAGCCAGGAGCACCCGCGCAAGGUCAAGGUCAACGGCGUCUUCGUGGAGCUCCCGUUCACCCAGAAGGGCCAGUUCGAGCUCUACCACAGCGGCGUCCACGGCUUUGCCCGCACCGCCUUCGGCAUGCGGGUGAGCUUCGACUGGUACAGCUACGCCCGCGUCAUCCUCCCCGACGCCUACGCCGGCGCCGUCUGCGGCCUCUGCGGCAACGCCAACGGCGACGCCGACGACGACUUCGUCACCCGCGACGGCCAACGGGCCGUCGAUGAAAUCCAGCUGGCCAACAGCUGGAAGGUGGGAGACGUCCCCGGCUGCUCGGCCGGUUGCGUGGGGGAUUGCCCGACGUGCAACGAGGAGCAGAAACAACCCUACCGUGGCGACAGCUAUUGCGGGGUGAUCGCCAGGAGUGGGGGGCCCUUCCGGGCUUGCCACGGCACCAUUGACCCCACGCCCUUCCUCGAGGAUUGCGCCUUCGACGCCUGCCACUACAAAGGCCACCGGGACACCCUGUGCAAAGCCAUCGCCGCCUACGUGACCGAGUGCCAGAGCCACGGCAUCAGCGUGGAGCCGUGGAGGAUGCCAUCCUUCUGCGGCCCCUCCUGCCCCCGUCAUUCGCACUACGAGCUCUGCGGGAGCAGCUGCCCGGCCACAUGUCGGGGCCAAGCCACCCCCGAGGGCUGCGCGUCGGUGCUGUGCACCGAGGGCUGCUUCUGCGACGAGGGCUUCGUCCUCAGCGGUGACGAGUGUGUGCCGGCCGGCGAGUGCGGCUGCGAGCACCGGGACCGCUACUACAAGAAGGGCGAGGAUUUCUACGCCUCGUGCCGGGAGAGAUGCCGUUGCAAAGCCAAGGGGGUGGUGGAGUGCGAGGAGGUCUUCUGCGGCGCCCACGAGGAGUGUCGAGUAGAGGACGGGGAGCUGGGGUGUUACCCCGCUGGCUACGGGCGGCUGGUGGUGUCGGGUGACCCGCACUACGUGACGUUCGACGGGCGAGCCUUCGACCUCCCGGGCUCCUGCACCUACGUCUUGGCGCGGGUCUGCAAGCCGGAGCCGCGGCUGACAAACUUCUCGGUGCUGCUGGAGCAUGAGGCACACAGUCAGCAUGGAGAGGGGACGGAAGUGGGAGGCGACGGUAAGUUGGGACAACCCCGCGCCUCGGUGGAGGCAGGCGUGCAAAAUCUGUGGGGCGCACGUAAAAAUCCCUCGGUGCACACGGGCAUGCAAAAUCCCCCGCUGCGGUCACCCGGGCAAAAUCCCCAGUGUGCACGUGCGGGCAGAAUCUCCCCGCUGGUAAGUCAGGACGUCCCCGCCCCUCGGUGCACAUGUCUACUCGAGAUCCUUUGGGCCACGCAUGCAUGCAAAACCCCCCGGUGCGUGCACGCAAAACCCCCCGGUGCACAUGUGUGUGCAAGACCCUUUGGUGUAUGCGUGCAUGCAAAACCCCUGGGGUGCACACGUGCGUGCAAACGCCUCCAUGUUCCUACGUGCACGUCCCAGGUGGAUGGGGAGCGCUACACGCUGCCGCUGGUGACGGAGGACAAGAAGCUACGGAUCGGCCAAGAAGGGAACAACAUCAUCCUCCAAAGCGCCGCCGGCCUCCGGCUCCUCUACAACGUGGCCACCUACCUCCUCAUCACCAUCCCCGACGCCUACCGGGGCCGCGUCUGCGGACUGGGUGGCAACUACAACGGGGACCCCGGCGACGACUUCCAGCUGCCCGGCGGGUCCCUGGCACGGAGCACCGAGGAAUUCGUCACCUCCUGGAAGACGCCGAUGGAGGACGGAGCGUGCAGUGACGGCUGCAACGGCGAGGCGUGUCCCGUGUGCGACGCCACCGACACCGCUCCCUACAGUGCCAGCGACUCUUGCGGCCUCAUCCGGGACCCAGCGGGACCUUUCGGAUCGUGUCACUCCCGGGUGAGCCCGGUGGAGUAUUUCAACCACUGCCUCCACGACGUCUGCAUUGCAGACGGUGCCCGGGACGUGCUGUGCCACAGCCUCCAAGCCUACGCCGCUGCUUGCCAAGCCGCUGGGGCCGAGAUCGGCAGGUGGAGAACGACCGCAUUUUGCCCCCUUUCCUGCCCACCCCACAGCCACUACGAGCUUUGCACCCGCACCUGCGAUUUCACCUGCGCCAGCCUCUCCGUGCCGGCCCCGUGCAGUUGGACGUGCUUCGAGGGUUGCCAAUGCGACGAUGGGUACCUCUUCAACGGGGAAGCCUGCGUGUCCCUGGAGCAGUGUGGCUGCAUGCACCGGGGACGGUAUUUCAAGGCGGGUGAGACCGUCAUCUCCAGCAACUGCUCCGCAAAAUGCAGUUGCCACCUGUCCCAGGGACUCAUCUGCGAGGACAUACAGUGUCCCCCAGACGAGGUCUGCGCCACGCGGGACGGGGCGCAGCGAUGCGUCAAGCGGGAAGGCCGGUGCCGGCUCUCCCCAGGGGCCUCCCUGACCACGUUUGACGGCGCCGGGGGAAAGCUCCUCACCAGCGGCACCUACAAAGUGGUCGCCCUUUGCAACGAGCAGUCACCCAACUGGUUCAAGGUGGUGGUGGAAGUCAGCGAGUGCCGGGAAAACAGCAUCCCGGCCGCCGUGGCCGUCUUCAUCUUCUUCCGCGAAGCUUUUAUCACUGUGAAUAACAACAUGGAGGUGUGGGUGAACGGUCUUUUCACCCGCCUUCCAGCUGUGGUGUCCAAAGCUGUUUCCUUGAGCGCGGCGGCGGGGAACAUCACCAUCUCCCAUACGUCGGGGAUGGAUGUGCUCUUCAGCCCCAGCGGGGAGGUGAUGGUGACCGUAGGGCCCACCUUGGUCAACCAGCUCUGCGCUCCCUGUGGCAACUUCAAUGGUGACCCCAGUGAUGACCUGAAGUUGCCGGACGGCCGAGCUGUGAGGAGCAUUGCAGAGGUUGUUGAUGCCUGGAAAGCCAGGGAUUUUGCGGGAUGCCGCGCCUCCAGCCUCGUGCGGAUGGAAGUGGAAGCCCCCGUCUACCCUGUGCAGUAGGCGAAACCGCACGGGGACCGACGAUGCGAGAGGAC